GUCACAUCCUCUGACCGCUGCUAAAGGUGAUCAGCAUCUUUGAAUCAAUGUUGCGCUUGAUCGCAACAUCCCUGUGCCUCCGGUGCCAACGUGUCACAGCUCUGCCUUUGAACCUCAGGCCAUGUGCGACGCUGAGCCCAGCGGAGAACCAGCAGACCGUGGAGGCUCUCUAUGAUCUCUCUGUGGACAUCCAGAAGGUGCGGAAACUUAAGGGCUGGGUCCUACAUCAGAACCCAGCCUAUACCAAGGAGGUAGCUGACCUGCUGAAGGACAUGGGGGCCUCGGGCUCCAUAAUAUCCAGGAUCUUAGCGGUUCACCCUGAAGCAGUCCUCUGUCACCCAGAGCAGAUGAAGGCUCAGAAGGAUCUGUGGAUGACUGUGUGCCCAAACCAGAAAGAGCUUGUUGGUAUCAUUGAGAAAUUCCCUGCCUCUUUCUUCACCUCCUCCAGCCACCAUGACAACCAGCGGGACAACAUCGCUUACUUCCAGAGCUUAAACCUCAACAAGCGAAUCAUCACUAAACUCAUGGCCAGCGCUCCCCAGAGCUUCAGCCGGCCAGUAGAGCAGAACGAGGUGAUGGUGCGCACCCUCCAGCAGGCCUACCAGGAGCUGGGAGGGGAGGAGGCCAACAUGAAGAUCUGGCUUCAGAAGCUGCUGAGCCAGAACCCUUUUGUUCUCCUCAAGCCUCCGGAGGUGCUGAGGCAGAACCUGCUGUUCCUGAGAGACAAGGGCUUCAGCACAGCAGAGCUCCUCCGCCUCCUCUCCAAGCUCAGGGGCUUUGUCACCGAGCUGAACCCCGACAGCAUGCGUCGCACCCUGGCAUACUCCCAGGACACCAUGGGCUGCUCCGAGGCUGAUCUGCGGGACAUCAUCCUUAAAUGUCCUGCUCUGCUUUACUACCCUGAAACUAUUCUGGCUGAGCGCUUUGAGGGGCUCCUCAACGCUGGGAUCAGCAUGUCUCAAAUCAUGGAGACUCCGACCGUCCUGGAGCUGACCACGCAGAUAGUGAAUUACCGCAUCCAGCGACUGGGGGUGCAUGGCUAUGACGUAAGGACGGGUAGUUUGGAGGUCCUAAAUGGUACUAAGAAGGACUUUGAGAUGAGCUACGGAAAACUACAGCUACGCAGAGAGAGACCACUUUUUAAUCCUGUCGCCCCUUUAAGAACAGAUGACUGACAUGACUGUAUGAACUAAUGCAAGUGAAUUAAUCUGUAACUGGAUGUAUACUGUUCUUGGGAUUAAAUAUAUAUGCUAUGUCAGUAUCAGAUUAAAGUGUUUUAAGUCUAAAGGUGAACCCACUUCAAGCGUUUAUUUUAGAAACA